AGCACAGGGUCCCCCUCGGCCCACAGCCCAGGGGAAGAGCCAGGCACGUUCUCCUCCCGUGCUUCAGCGUCACCUUGCUUUGUGCACACCCGAGAGCUGCACUAAGAAAGGCCCGAGUGGCCACAUGUUGGUCCGUGCGGUCCAUGGUGGUGUUGCACGCGGCCUGCAGAGAGUAUUUGGCAACCUGCCCGUGGCCAGCCAGUGGGUCGCCCUGCCCACCCUGUCGCUGUGGAACUGAUGACCUGGGUCUUUCUCCCAUGCCAGUACCUGGCCCAGCUCCGGUCCUUAAUGGAGAAAGAGAUCACCGCAUUUAAUGGGAACUUCUCUCAUCUGCUUGUGAUUCUAGAUGACUACACUGGUUCACGGAAUCGAGUUGCCUGGCUGGACACGGCUUCUGUUCCGCAGAUGGAACCCAGAGGCACCCAGCGCCUAUUUUUGAGAUGCUGCUGUGUGGAAGGGAGAGAAGAGUGCUGCGGAGUAAUGCCCUGUUGUUCCCAUCUGGGGGCGGAUAUGGUCGUGUAUGACAGGAGCUGCUCUGUUCUGUUCACAGAUCUGAGUGCAGUUCCUUUGCGAGCUGCCGGCUCACAGCCCUGAGGUCAGCGUGGCACGUCUGCAGGAGUGAGAACACAGAGCUGCGCGUGCGUGCCCUGUCCCUGCACCAUCCCCUGCUGCCAUCUGCUCUUCAGUUGUGCCGUUACGCAGCGACGUAGAUGGCGGUGCGUGAUGGAAAGCUCUCGUGGUUCUUUGGUUGCAGAAGUGCCUCCAGAGAGGGCCGUGCCAAACCCUCAGCAGCUUCCCGCACCGCAGCCCCGCUGGUAUCCCAGGGGUCCCGCGAGACUGACAGGAAAACGGGGAAGAGGAAGAUAUUUGCAAAGGUUUUACCCUCUUGUAAGGAAAAUCCCAGACGAGAAUGCAGUGCCUGAGAUCGACGGAGCGCCUGUGGACGAGGCUGCAUUUAAGGAAGGCAGCAGCCGCAUGAUUCCCAUCUCCCGUGAGCACACAGAGGACACGCACGCAGCUGGCGCUGCAGGUGAAGGCCGUGCAGAGAGCUCCAUGGCUGAUGGUGCGGGUGCUGAAGAACCCACUAAGGGCAUCCACAUCGACGUCCCCAUGUACUUCUUAAAAGGCGCCAUUGCUGUGUCUGUUCCCCUGCUGGUUGCGUUCAUCGCGUGCUGCAUUUGUGUCUGGCAGCGGAGGCAGAAACACCAGUGCCUCAUGGAAUCCGCCAAAGCCCGGCGUGCUGCCUGCAAACACUCAUCGCAUCCAGGGAAACAGGCAGUGCAAAAUGAAGCCCCAGACCGACGGACUCGGCACCACCGGCAUCACCGUGUGCCAGGACGUGCUGCCCGGGUGCAGUCGAGCCCCAAAAGAUCGCUUCCCCAUUGGCGUGAGAGCACCCCAGCUCAGCUGGCCCCACCACGGCCCCCGCGGCCCUCACAGCCCAUCACCCCGGCCAUCUCUGCUACCCGAAAAUGCAAGUGCAGUCAGAUACCGCCACCACCACCUUCACUUACACCGCCUGCAUCCUUCAGGGGAUGGUAGCAGUCCCCUGGGGUAGGGUCUGGCGAUGAUGGCCCCCACCUGGACAACCACUGCUGUGCUCCGCUGUGGCUGUCCACGUUUCUGUUGGGUAUGGGUAUGUCAUGACUUUCUAGUUCCUUUGCGAGCUGCUGGCUCACAGCUCUAAUGCUUGGAGGUAUCACUGCUCUGCCUCCACAGUUCUUCACGGGGAGAGCUGUGAAUAACAAGUUUGGCCUCUGCUGCACAGUGGAUGUGGCACAAGAGGCCAGGCUGCCCCAGGCACUGCCACUGCCUCGCAGUCUUUACGUACCCUACUUCAUGGGCUGGGAGCUGCCCCCUAGACAACAAGCAUGGCCUGUGUCUGCCGGUGGAUGGUCAACAGGCCUGGCUGCCCCUGGGCACCUCCACUGCUUCCUCUCCACUCUCCUUCUGGGGAUGGGAACGGCACGGGGUUACCAUCCUACACUCAGAUAACCCGUGCUGGGAUGAACGGUGUCUGUCUGCGUUCUGUUGUAAUAAAUGAGAACUGGCAGCGUAGUUGCGCGUGUGGUAUUGUUUUAUGUCAUUGCUGGACCCUGCACAUCUCUGAGGGAAAACGAGGCCUCAGCUCCCAGUGGGAGCUCUCAUCACUGUGUCUGAACACGCUGUCCCUGCAGGUGUAGCACCAGUGCCUUGCCAAAGCCUCAGCCUGAUCUGCCCUGUGAAGCUCAGGGCAAGGCCCCGGCAAGGAACCGGAAGAGCAUACGUGGGUUUUUUUGCAGUUCUUUUUCCUUCAUUCCUUCCUUUCUUUGUUCUUUACAUCCUUCAUUUUUUUUCUUCCACUUUCUUUGAGUCUGAUACAAGUUAGAGAGAUGGUGUUAAGCUGGCUGAAUCUCAUGGACUUACUCCUUGAGAGGAACUAUUAUUCCAUGUGGUUUGUGAGGGGUCUCCCACUAUUUCAAGGGAGAUUAUAAAUGGGAGGGAAACGAGCUUUUUAUGUGGGGAGAUGGUGAUAGAACAAGGGGGAAUGCUUCUAAGGUAGAGGAGGGGAGACUGGGAUUAGAUAUUGGGCAAGUUGUUCACAGAAGGUGCUGAGGCCCUGGCACUGCUGCCAGUGAGAGAGGCGGUGCGUGCCCAGUCCCUGCAGGUGCGUUCCUUGACCCAGCUCCCAUUGCAGUCAAUGGAGAUGAAGGGAGGGACGUGGCUGAUGACACUCAAACACCAGUGGCAUGCCAGGGCUGUGGUGCUUUGGUUCUGGAAAGCCCCUGGACACGCACCUGCUCGCUGGCUCCCUGCACACAAGGACCUGUCACAGAAGCACAGGGGCUGGAAGAGAUCUCUGGAGAUUCAGUACACCCUUCCCAUCCCCAGCAGGUUCCCUGCAGCAGGUUGCAUAGAUCACUAAAUGGAAUGACAGAUCUCCAGCUGCCCCUGCCCAUGUUUCUUACUUAGUCCCUAAAGACAAAAAGCAAUUAUCUCUGGCUCUGU